AUGGACACUUUACUCACCGCCGAUGUGGCCGCCACCGCGCCCAGCUUUCGGAGAAGAUCCAGCACUUAUGUCGACGCUAUCCAUGACCUGCCGGAGAAAGAGUCCAUGGCCCCUGCCCAGCUGUACUCGACUGAAUCUGGACGACUCUUCCAUUCCGGACGCAUAGUCAUUGCCACCGUCGGUCUUCCUGCUCGUGGCAAGACGCACGUGAGCGUUGCUCUUGCCCGCUAUCUUCGCUGGCUGGGCGUCAAGACGCACAUCUUCCAUCUUGGUGACUACAGGCGUGGAUUUCUUGGUGCCAAGGCCGAGAUCCCUGAUGAUUAUUUUCAUGUCAACGCCAGUACAUCUUCCGUCCUACUGCGAAACAAGAUCCUGAAAAAAUGUCGACAAGAUAUCUUCACUUUUCUCAAUCACGAAAACGGCCAGAUUGCGAUAUAUGAUGCCGUAAAUCCUUUGGCCAAUGGUCGCCGAGCACUUGCUAAGGAAUUCGAAAAGCAUGGCGUGCAGACCCUUUUUAUAGAAUCCACCUGCACAGACGACCGAAUCAUUGAGGAGAACGUCCGGUCUGUGAAGAUAACUUCUCCCGACUAUAUUGGGUGGAAGCCAGAGGAUGCUGUUCAGGAUUAUCUUCGCCGCAUCAAUGCUCGCAUACCUCACUUCGAGCCUGUCGAGGAGCGCGAUCUACACUAUGUCAAGAUGAUCAAUGCCGGAGAGCGCGUGAUCGUGAAUCGAUGCAAUUUUGGCUACCUGUCGCAACGAAUCGUCUUCUACCUCCUGAACUUGCAUAUCAAAAGUCGACAGAUGUACUUUGUGAGAGCUGGCACUACCCGAGACGAGGAGACCUUCAAAGGCGAUGCCCACUUAAGCGCAGAGGGUCAGGACUACGCACGGAAAAUGACGGACGCAUUACUGGCGCACCGAGAAAUGGAACGACAGAGCUUGAUCAGGAACGGAGCACCCGCAUCGACGGCGCUGAAGCCACUGAACGUGUGGACAUCGACUCGCAAGCGAACCGUUGAGACUGCGCAAUUCCUCGAGCAGAAGGGCUACCGUGUGCGCCAGCGGAGUCAGAUGAGCCAACUCAACCCAGGUGUAUGCGAAAAGCUUAGCGAGCGCAGGAUCAGAGAGCUCUUUCCGGAAGAAGUGGGAAAGCACGAACAGGAUCCGUACCAUCACAGAUACCCAAGAGCUGAAUCAUACCACGAUCUGGCCGUGCGCCUAGAGCCCAUCAUUCUCGAACUCGAACGCGAACAAAACGACCUUCUCAUUAUCGCUCACGAAUCCGUUCUGCGCGUGCUAUACGGCUACCUCAUGGCAUGUUCAGCGCACGACAUCCCAAGCCUACAAUUCCCUCGUGACGAGAUCAUUGAAAUCAUCCCAGCAUCAUACAGCAACAGCUCCAAGAGAAUCCAUAUCGAUGGCGUGCCCGAUCGAAUCCUUCCCGGAAGUCCAGAGGAUAUCUCAAUACCCGUCCCUCCGUCCGGUGCCAUCAGUCCACUCUCGGGGCUGGGCACUCCAGCUGGUGCGAGUACUCCUGAGAAGUCGGGAAGAGAGACUGGUAUGCUGCCCUUGAACCGCGAUACGCUCAGUCCGCCGAAGUCAUAG